AUGAAAAAGAGAGAAUUGCACAUGCCAAGCAGAUAAUGAAACCAUUCAUCCUGCGAAGAGUUAAAGAAGAGGUCCUUAAACAGCUACCACCAAAGAAGGACAUUAUUGAGUGGUGUGAAAUGUCUGAGAAACAGGAGCAGCUAUAUCAGGACCUCUUCAACUGCUUAAAAAGGUCUAUUGACAGUCAAGAAAAGGGUUCAGAAAUGGGCAAUGUCAUGAUGCAGCUAAGAAAAAUGGCCAAUCAUCCACUUUUGCACCGCCAAUAUUAUACACCUGAGAAACUUAAAGUGAUGUCAAAACUCAUGCUCAAGGAACCUACACACUGUGAGGCAAAUCCUGACCUUAUAUUUGAAGACAUGUCGGUGAUGACAGAUUAUGAGUUACAUUUGCUUUGUAAACAAUAUGCAAAUAUCAGCGACUUCAAACUAGAGAUUGAUCUUAUUCUGGAUUCUGGAAAAUUUAGAAUACUAGGACGCAUGCUUUCAGACUUUAAAGAAAAG